AGUGUAAAUAGUGCCUAUAACCUUCUGAUAACAGCUGAAACAGGAUAAUGUGCAGGCACCUUGAGAGCUGAUAAGACCGGGACUGAGCAACUUGUAAUAACUAAUAGGAUAACGGCGAGGACACGGUUUAGUAAUUUGAAGUUUAUUUGUUAAAUGCGAGAGUGUUGUUUAAAACACAACUCUGAACUAUGAAGAAAUGGUUCCCACAAUAUUGCUGCUUGUAUGGAAUAUAAUAAUGGCGGUAAACACAACCUCGAAGACAUAUACUUGUCCACAUGAAGAUGGAUUAUUUUAUGCAACAAAUGAGGAUUGUAAGUUUUAUUACAGAUGUAAAAAUGAAGUUUUACGUACUGGAAUUUGCUUUCCUUGGCAAAAGUUCGAUGUACACACGGUGACCUGCAGAAAGAUUAAAGAAGUGGAUUGUAACUCAGAAUAUGCAGGUGUCUGGCGACCUAUUUAUGAAAAGGUUCCUGAACCUAAUAGCGUGACAAGUCAAGUUCUAGGUGAGGAAAUGUUACAGAAGACAACAUUGCAGGGAAAUAAAACUAUUGGGAAUAAGAGUAGUAAUGAGGAAAAUAGAGUAGGGAAUAUACCAAAACAGGAAAAAGUUGAGUGGGAAAUUAAUAAGAUAAUAUAUAAGCAGAUUUUAAACUAUUUGUUACACAUUAAAAUAAGAAAUAAAAGUAUCAUUUUAAAGAAUAAUAACAUAGAAAACAUAACUGUUGAGAAAGAAAUAGAACAUAAAAUUUUAAGGAAAAGACAAAUAAAUAUAAAUAAAACUUUUCUAGAAAAGCAGUUAGAAGAUAAAUCUGUUUCCUUUGUUGGAAAUAAAGAAAUUUCUAAUUUACAUGAACAAUUUCCAGAAGUUCAAAAAGAAAUUGAUGGCUCACGUGGAACAGUAAAUAGUGAGGUAACAGCGAGUAAGGCAGAAGUAUAUCCCUCCACAGACAACAAACAGCAACAGUUAACUGCUGGUUAUUGGUACUGGUGUGGCUCAGGGAGAUAUGUAUUUACCACAGACAUUGGAGAAGGAAGUUCAAUCUGCCUGAACCUACAGGAUCCAGAAUCUACAGACAGAGAAGAUUCCACACAACAGGGAGAAGGGACUGGACAUACAUAUAUUGGGUCUAACGCUUACCAUUAGACUACUGUAGUCUCAAUAAAGAAAUUUUAUUUA